AUGCUAUCCAGCCACGAACCGCGCAUGAUGUCGCUCGGAGGCAACCAUUAUUCUGGGCGCAGCAAGGACAUUCUUCAGAUACUUCCUGGCGAGAUCUGGGACAUGGUCAUUGAGGAGUCAGCGAGCGUGGACCCUCCUGGUUGUCACCGCGUGCGGCCUUCAAACCCCCAGUAUACUGCGAUGACCCUUGGCUUUAUCAAGAUCGGGCACGUGUGUCGCCAGCUGAGAAGCCGAGUAUUCAAUCUGCCAAGGCUCUUUGCUCGAUUUACCAUCUGUUUUCCGAACAAGAAGGCGACAGGGUGGCUGGUUUCCUUAUCUAAAGGCGCCAGUCUCACGCUGGAUUUCGAUCAGACCAUCCGAGCCUCGCGUCUGCGCGACGUGACACCGUUCAUAGAGUGGUUAUUUCAGCAACCGUCGAUCCUGGGCAGGGCCCGCGAGAUCAAGAUCACCCUAUGCGUAAACGAGAAGAUCAUCACUGCCGCGGACUACAGCCAAGACAGCCCCUUCGCGAGUCUGUAUCAACGGAUCGGAGACUAUCUCGGUCUCAUGCAGCUGCAAAGUCUGACGUUUCCCCUCUUCAAACUCAGCGACGCUAUACCGGUCGUUCCUUCGAGUGCAUUGACUCGCGCUCACUUCAUUGGCCUUGAAGUCAGGCCCUGUCCGGGCUUCUCGCGCCCGCGUUACGAAGGCUAUAACGUGAGGCCAAGACACUGCGAUGAGAGCGUUAUCUAUCUCGACAAUGUUAUAGACUUUAUCGGCUCAUGCCCUUGCCUGAGCUUCCUACGGAUCUCACACAUCUCAGUACGCGGCGCAGACGAAGGUUCCAGAAUAGAUCUGAAGCCCAUUCACACGCAUGCCGAUAUCGAAAUCACCAGCACAGAUGCCGAGUCAAUCGAGUCCAUCUUGGCUCAUGUCGUGACCACUGGUACAUGGGACAUUAACACUCAUGGAUCCGCCAUUCCCUACGCUGCUUUCCGGCGUCUUUCCGAGACCCGUUCACUCUACAUAGAGCACACGUUGCUCCACUUCACUUGCUCCUAUGCCGAUGACAGCCAUUGCAACGACCACCAUCAUGUGGACCCAGACAGCGUGCGGACACGGUCGAGACUUCCAUACCCUUACGAUUGCAACGUGCGGCUUGCGCCCGGGGUUGUUACCGUCACACGCCCUGUCGAGAAGGCAUUCCUCGAUCUAUCCGAGCGCGAAUUACGCUACCUUACCAUACACGGCAUGGGAAGCCGCUACUCUCACGACGGGGACUUUGAUUGGGGCCAGCUGCAGCACGUGAAGCGCUUGGAUACGUUGAGACUGCACGGAGAGCGAGAUGCUUUGAACAUUCUCACAAAUCUGCCCUGUCCACGCCACCUCGUCGUCAUCCGUUCAUCCUCCAUCGAUCGGAAUGGGCUCUGUCUGGAAUGCAGCCUCGUGGAAGCGUCGGACAGGUGGGAGAGUCAAGGCAAUGCGCCCGAGAGCACCAUCAUCAUUGACUCCAGGAAGACGGGGAGUCCCAAAAAAUUGCCGACUUUGUUACUUGCUUGA